AUGGCGUCAAUGAAACUUCCGUCACAAUUGGAUUUGACACAAUUCUACUGUGGCAAAAACAUCGCCGAUGUACCAAAGCCCGCGGCCGUGCUGGACAGAGCAAUAAUCCGUCGACAUUGUGAGCGUAUGAAGCGCACAAUCAGGGCCCUCAAUGUCGGUUUCAGAGCCCAUGUGAAGACACACAAGACCUCCGAGCUGUCCUGGAUGCAGCUCGACAAAACGAGCGAUGAAGCGAAUUUCAUGGCAUCCACUCCUCUUGAAAUCGAGAUGCUUGUCCCAAUGCUCAAAGACGUCCGAGGAAACCAUCGCGUCAACGUGCUCUACGGAGUGCCGCUUGUGCCCUCACAUGUCGAGCGUCUGGCGAAAAUCGCGCUUGAGCUCGGUAAAGAGAGUCUUUCAGUGUUAAUCGACCAUCCAGAUCAGCUACCAUACCUACAGGAGUUCGCUUCGAUCACGGGCUUCCCAGCCUGUGUCUUUGUUAAGGUGGACACCGGUUACCACCGGGCAGGUCUCCCACCUCUGGCUCUGAACAAGAACGGACUACUAGAAAAGCUAGCUGCCGCGGAAGGAGCGGGUAACGCGAACCUUCUGGGGCUGUAUUCACACAGUAGUCUAAGCUAUGCUGCAACAACAGCUGAAAAAGCGAUGGCUUAUCUCAUCUGUGAAAUCAAAGAGUGUGAGGCCGCACUGAAUAGGUGGCAAUAUCUCCUCCCCAAGAACAGACAGCUAGUCAUUAGUGUUGGUGCAACACCCCAGGUUGUUUGCUCAGAAAACCUACUCCAAGGUCGAGUAUCAUCUGCGAAAGCAAAGGAGCUGAUGUCUCUUUUGACAAGCUCGUGUUCGACUGGCACAGCUAACAAGGCCAGGAUUGAACUGCACGCUGGAGUAUAUACUGUCUUGGAUAUGCAGCAGAUAUCCACGAAUGCCAGGAAUUACGCUGGUGAGCUUGAGGACGAGAUCGCCCUCUCUGUUGUUGCGGAAGUUUGCAGCGUGUACAAUGAUGGCGAGCGGGAGAAACCAGAGGCGCUUGUCGCGGCGGGAACCCUGGCCCUUGGGAGAGAGCCAUGCGGUAAUUAUCCAGGGUGGGGUAUACUCUCUUCCUGGAGAGGGGGAGACGUCACAGGUUCUGCUGCUGGUGACCGGCUGUUUGUCGCGCGGAUCAGCCAAGAGCAUGCCAUUGUUCUGUGGCAAAAAGAGGCGCAAAGGAAGAUCCCGCUUGAAAUUGGACAGGCCGUCAAAAUUUUUCCGAACCACGCGUGCAUAACGGCUGCAUUUUACUCGUGGUACUUUAUAGUGGAUUCGGAAACUGACCCGAACGCAUCAACAAUUGUCGAUGUCUGGGUGAGAGCUCGAGCGCCGAGCAUGGAUCCACUGCUAGCCACGAGAUAUCAAUAA